GGCAGGCAGCGAGGGGGAAAAGCGACAGGCCGAAUCACUGACGGGUGGGGGCCGGAUUCGGACGAGGCGGCAGUAGGCUACUCGUCCGGCGUUGGCAGACGAAGAGACGCCUUCGCCGGCGGGGAAGGUGGAGAAACAGCGCUCGACUCAGCGACCCUGGGGAGUCACCAAGGAGGAACCAGCCGGCCGCUCGCUGAAGCCGGGGCGAGGGAAGGAGACGGCUGUCGUGUAACUGAGCGAAAGCGAGGCGGAGCCGCGCCUCUGACGCUCAGGAAAGGCGGGCUCAGCGCCGGGAAUAGCCUCAGCUGCCUUUGACAAGCGGGAGGAGACCAGCUAGCCUGCAGGGAGCAGGUGGACGGAGCGGCGCUGAUGGAGCCUACCGCGUCCGGCAGAGGGGGCGAGGACGAGGGAGAUUAGCGGGACGGUGGCGGCAGAGAAGGAAGAGGAGGGCACCGCCGCAGUAAGCGAUCGCCGGCGAGCGAGCGAGCGAGCAAGCAAAGGAGAGCGAGCAAGGCGGGGAGCAGGGAAGCGGACCGGGAUCCUGGUUACGGGAGGAUGGGUAACGCCGACUCCAAGCUCAACUUCAGGAAGGCGGUGAUCCAGCUCACCACGAAGACUCAGCCCGUAGAGGCCACAGAUGAUGCCUUCUGGGACCAGUUCUGGGCAGAUACAGCUACUUCAGUCCAAGAUGUCUUUGCUCUAGUUCCAGCUGCAGAAAUCAGAGCUGUGAGGGAAGAAUCUCCUUCAAAUUUGGCUACUUUGUGUUACAAGGCAGUGGAAAAACUGGUGCAGGGGGCUGAGAGUGGCUGUCACUCUGAGAAAGAAAAGCAGAUUGUCCUGAAUUGCAGCCGUCUCUUAACCCGCAUCCUACCAUAUAUAUUUGAAGAUCCUGAUUGGAGAGGUUUCUUCUGGUCAACUGUUCCAGGGGCGGGGCGAGGAGGGGGAGAUGACGAUGAUGAAAAUGCCAGGCCACUGGCUGAGUCACUACUUCUAGCCAUUGCAGAUCUGCUCUUCUGUCCAGAGUUCACGGUCCAGAGCCAUCGAAAAAACAAUGUGGACACCGCUGAGGAUAUCCAUGCAAUUGAUAGUUGUGAAUACAUCUGGGAGGCUGGUGUUGGAUUUGCUCAUUCACCGUCACCCAACUUCAGCCAUGAUUUAAAUAGGACAGAGCUACUGAAACUUCUGCUGACCUGUUUCUCAGAGGUCAUGUACUUGCCUCCUUCCUCUGAUAGCAGCAACACUAAUCCCUGGGUCCAGUUCUUCUGUUCUAUAGAGAACAGGCAUGCCCUUCCGCUGUUUACUUCCCUCUUGAAUAUCGUCUGUGCUUACGAUCCAGUGGGUUAUGGGAUCCCCUAUAACCACUUGCUCUUCUCGGACUAUCGUGAACCACUGGUGGAGCAGGCCGCUCAAGUCCUUAUAGUCACAUUGGACUACGACACUUCUACCAGCUCCAGUCCCACAGUAGACGGCACUACCACUGGAACAGUCAUGGAUGAUACCGAUCCUCCAGGACCAGACAACCUGUUUGUCAAUUACCUGUCUAGGAUACACAGAGAAGAGGAUUUCCAGUUUGUUUUGAAAGGAGUGGCUCGUCUGCUCUCCAACCCUCUGCUCCAAACUUACCUGCCAAAUUCUACCAAAAAGAUCCAGUUCCAUCAAGAGCUCCUGGUUCUCUUCUGGAAACUCUGUGAUUUCAACAAGAAAUUUCUCUUCUUUGUUCUGAAAAGCAGUGAUGUUUUAGAUAUCCUGGUGCCAAUCCUCUACUUUCUUAACGAUGCUAGAGCAGAUCAAUCUCGAGUUGGUCUUAUGCACAUUGGUGUCUUCAUCUUAUUGCUGCUGAGUGGGGAAAGGAAUUUUGGUGUCCGCCUCAACAAGCCAUAUUCUGUACGAGUACCGAUGGAUAUUCCGGUCUUUACAGGGACACAUGCAGAUCUUCUCAUCAUUGUUUUUCAUAAAAUCAUCACUAGUGGACACCAGCGGUUGCAGCCCCUAUUUGACUGCCUCCUUACCAUCAUAGUGAAUGUAUCACCAUACUUGAAGUCUCUUUCCAUGGUAGCAGCUAACAAAUUGCUGCAUCUAUUGGAAGCAUUUUCAACUACUUGGUUCCUUUUCUCCAUGGUCCAAAACCACCACCUUGUCUUCUUUUUGCUGGAAGUCUUCAACAAUAUCAUCCAGUACCAGUUUGAUGGUAAUUCCAAUUUGGUAUAUGCCAUUAUUCGCAAGCGAAAUGUAUUCCAUCAGCUAGCCAACCUGCCUACUGACUUGCAGGCCAUCCAGAAAGCUUUGCAACGCAAAAAGAAAGCUCCUGAGCCCAUCUCUCGCACCAACUCUCAGGAGGGGAUGUCCAUGGAAGGAUCACGGCCUGCUGCACCUGCAGAGCCUGGAACACUAAAGACCAGCCUUGUAGCCACUCCAGGCAUUGACAAACUCACAGAGAAAUCUCAGGUGUCAGAGGAUGGGACCAUGCGCUCCCUAGAGCCAGAGUCCUCUCAGUCUCCGGUGGAAGAAAGCCCACCAGGCAUGGCCAGCGAUACCGAAACUUGGAAUCCGGAGUCCUCACAAUCCAGACGGGAUCGACGACGUCUGUCCAGCACAUCCUCAGUUGGGCAGUGGAAUCCAACUCCUGAAGGGGUGGUGUCUUGGAAAUCAAAAUUGCCCCUGCAGACAAUCAUGAGGCUGUUGCAGGUCCUGGUUCCCCAGGUAGAGAAGAUUUGUAUUGACAAGGGCCUUACAGAUGAAUCUGAGAUUCUGAAAUUCUUGCAACAUGGCACAUUGGUGGGGCUCCUUCCUGUCCCUCAUCCCAUCUUGAUCCGCAAAUACCAGGCUAAUUCUGGCACUGCUAUGUGGUUCCGUACUUACAUGUGGGGAGUUAUAUAUCUGAGGAAUGUGGAUCCUCCUAUCUGGUAUGACACAGAUGUAAAGCUGUUCGAAAUUCAGCGCGUUUGAGGAACGGAACUUGCCUCCGGUUGAGCAGAAACACAGGAAACAAGGAUCUUGCUGUGUGCUUGUUCAUCACAGCUCUUUCUUCAUUUCACUGCCUCCUGCAUGUUUCUAGAGGACAAUCACAGCCAUUUUCCCUCCACUUUUAAAACUCAGCAGCCCUUCCUAACUUUGUCCACCCCCAAGAAAAGGAGUGUAGAAAAGUUGUUGGAGAAAUGGCCAUUGCUAGGAAUCAAACUGAAAACCUAACAAGAGCUUAUCAGACCUUCCCCAUGCUUUUUGGUGCAAUUUUGAAUUUGACUAGUGCUAGAGAAGCCAUCUUUUCACUCCCUAGUCAGAUUCAGCCUUCAUGUAGAAAGACAGUGAAUGUAAAGAAUUAGAAAGUGGACCAGUGAAGAAAGCGCAACUGCAGGAAGUAGCUUUGUGGCUCUUUUCCAAAGAAUGUAGGCUCUCAGCCCUUCCUUUCCAAUCCUCUGUUCCCAUGCCCCUCCCCCACUGUUUUAUUGCAUCAUAUGGGGAUGAGAAGGAGUUUCCUUUAGGACAGGGGUCUUCAAACUUGGCCCUUUUAUGACUUGUGGACUUCAACUUCCAGAAUUCCUCAGAGUGCCUGGCUGAGAAAUUCUGGGAGUUGAAAUCCACAAGUCAUAAAAGGGCCAAGUUUGAAGACCCCUGCUUUAGGAGAUGACUGUUGACCCAACAGUCUACUUAUUUAUAUUAUUUCAGGAUAACAUUUUGGUUUUGUUCGCUUUCCCCUGUCAAAGAAAAUGUGUUUAAUUUCUUUGUCCUGAUAUUGUAAUGGAACAUUCAAAUUCCGUUUUUGUUUGUUUUCCUAACCUUGUAGGAACUCCUUUUAAAUAUGGAUAUGUGUCUUGAAUAUAUUUCACAUUUUAAAAUUGGUGUUUAUUGCAAGAAUUGUCUCUGGGAAAAAUAUUGUGGGACAUUUUGAGAGAUGAGGAAACGGCUUGAGCAUAUGCUAUUUUCAGGGAUUUAGAAAUUAUUGUUUGGUGUUUUUUUUUUAAUGUAUUGAAAUGAGCAGUCAGACUGCUGGAAUGGAGUUUUAUUCUCUAGAAAGUCACAUAAUAUGGUUUGUAUUCUAAGUUGGUUAAUUAAACUAUAAUUGAUUUAAUGUACAACAAAUUCUCCUGCUUAUAAAUUUUCAGCAGCGUAUUAGUGUGUGUUUUGCUCAACACUAAAGAUGGCAAGUAUGUUAUCUCCUUCUUGCCAGUUUUUAUUUGAGCCCUAGACAGAGAAAUAGGAGAGGCUGUUUUGCAGAGCCCUUUCUUUUUAUAAAAUCUUGUCUUUUUCAUACGUGACAUUAAACAAAUAUUGUCACCUUGUUGCAAAGGAAAGUGCAACUUAAACUUGUAAAAUUAAUUCUAAUGCAGUUUAGUUUUUUUUCUGCUCAAGAACAUUUUCUUGUUUUUUAUUACAUUAAAGUGAGCAAUUUGUAGAUAUGAACUAGGUGCCGUUGGAGAUUAGUUUGAUGAAAGGAUAAAUAAGAUCACUUUAUUCCUUUUUGACAUUUUUCCCUUUGACAUUUAUCAUGUCAUGUCCUGCUCAUUAACAAAAGCCUCCUGCUGUUUAAUUCUUAUUACAUGCCGAUUGAAAGAAUGAAGAUUAUAUUUUCCUUUGAAUGUCUUUGGCAAUGCCCAGUUAAAGUUCUGAUCAAUUGCACCAUAUUUGUAUCUCACUACAAAGUAAAGAUUCUUGUUAGUAAACACUGAUCCAUGUCUUUCACCUGUAUACAUGAAUGCUCCCAUAUAUGUGUGUAUGAACAUUUCUGUGACGCUCCGGCAUUUUGUUGUAUAUUAAUGUUUUUUUUUGUGAAUUUAUCUUGACUUUUUCUUUCUUUAGAAUUGCAUCUCUGCUCUUUGUUCCCUGAAGAAUCAAAAUUGCACUAUAAACUAUUUACUUUACAUAUGAAGAUAAAAUUAUCUUAAAUGCUUUAGCUGGCUUUAUCUAUAUCACAAGAGGUUUAUUAGCUUAUUUGUGUUACUGUUUGAUUUAUGAUGCUGUGGCAUUCUUUGCAACAUGUACCUUUCCAUUAAAGGCACGGCUGCAGAGGA